AUGAAAUUUACAGGACCUCCAAUCAAAUUAAAGGUGUCCCAGGGUCAACCCGUCAAACUAAAUUGCAGCCUGGAGGGAAUGGAAGAUCCCGAGAUGUUGUGGAUCAAGGACGGAGCAGUGGUGCAAAGCGUAGACCAGGUGUACAUUCCAGUAGAUGAAGAACACUGGAUCGGCUUCCUCAGCUUGAAAUCCGUCGAGCGGACAGAUUCUGGGAAGUACUGGUGCCAGGUUGAGAACGGGGGGAAGAAGGAAGAAUCACAGCAAGUAUGGCUCAUAGUGGAAGGUGUGCCCUACUUUACUGUGGAACCUGAGGAUGUGUCCGUGUACCCUAAUGCCCCAUUUCAUAUGGCCUGUGCUGCUGUUGGUCCCCCUGAACCAGUGACAAUUGUCUGGUGGAUGGGAGACUCUAGAGUGGGGCUUCCAGACAUCUCCCCCUCCAUCUUAAAUGUGUCAGGUAUUAAUCAAAGCACAGUUUUCUCCUGCGAAGCUCACAACGUAAAGGGAUUGUCUUCAUCUCGGACAGCCACUGUUCAAAUUAAAGCCAUGCCUCUCCAGCCUCUCAAUGUAACUGUAAGCCAAGUCACCAGCAGCAAUGCCAGCGUGGUCUGGGUGCCAGGAUUUGAUGGCCGCGCACCCCUCCACUCUUGCACUCUUCAGGUAGCUGAGUCACCAGAUGGCCAGGAGGUCUCCACUGAAGUCACCCCAGUGCCCCCCUUUGCCUACUGCGUGCAAGGUCUGAAGCAUUCCACCAACUACAGUGUUCGUGUGCAGUGCAGCAAUGAGAUGGGCAGCUCCCCUUUCACUGACAGGGUUUAUUUUCAGACCCUGGAGCUUGCUCCAAGCAGCACCCCACAAAAUAUCCAUGUUAUCCAAAGAGAUCCUGGUCUGAUUUUGGAGUGGGAAGGUGUGGCUCCAGACAUGCUGAAAGAAAAUGUGCUGGGAUACAGGCUGGAAUGGAUUCAGGAUAAUGUAACUCAGGGGGAGAUGAUCGUACAGGAUACAAAAGCUAAUCUGACAACGUGGAAUCCUCUCAAAGACCUGAUCAUCAGGGUGUGCGUGCUGAACUCUGCAGGAUGUGGGCCCUGGAGUGACAUCUUCCUGCUUGAAGCGCAAGAGGUGAUGGGUGGCCAGAGGCAACCUCCUUAUGGGACGUCCUGGGUUCCUGUGGCAUUGGGCAUCCUCACAGCUCUGGUCACAGCUGUUGCCCUGGCUCUUAUUCUCCUUCGAAAAAGAAGAAAGGAAACUCGGUUUGGCCAUGCCUUUGGCAGUGUGGUUGGCAGAGGGGAUCCAGCAGUCCAUUUCAGAGCUGCCAGGUCUUUCAACAGGGAAGGCCCAGAGCUCAUUGAAGCAACAUUGGAGAGUAUAGGGAUCAGUGAUGAGCUGAAGAUGAAACUCAAGGAUGUCCUGAUCCAGGAACAGCAGUUCACCUUGGGAAGAAUGUUGGGCAAGGGGGAGUUUGGGUCAGUUCGAGAGGCUCUACUGAAGCUAGAUGAUGGGUCUUUCCAGAAAGUGGCAGUGAAGAUGCUGAAAGCGGACAUCUUCACCUCAACUGACAUCGAGGAGUUCCUGCGAGAGGCUGCAUGUAUGAAGGAGUUUGACCACCCGCAUGUCACUAAACUGAUAGGAGUCAGUCUACGGAGCCGUCCCAAGGGCCGUCUCCCAAUUCCCAUGGUGAUCCUGCCCUUCAUGAAGCAUGGAGACCUUCAUGCUUUUCUGCUGAUGUCACGGAUUGGGGAAAACCCUUUUAACUUGCCUGUUCAGACACUCCUCAAGUUCAUGAUUGACAUUGCCAGUGGGAUGGAGUACUUGAGCUCAAAAAAUUUCAUACACAGGGACCUUGCAGCUCGGAACUGCAUGUUGGAUGAGAACAUGAACGUGAGUGUUGCAGACUUUGGUCUCUCUAAGAAAAUCUACAGUGGAGAUUACUACCGUCAGGGCUGUGCUUCCAAGCUGCCAGUGAAGUGGCUCGCUCUGGAAAGUCUGGCGGAUAAUCUGUACACAACACACAGUGAUGUGUGGGCGUUUGGGGUGACCAUGUGGGAGAUUGUGACCCGAGGGCAAACCCCUUAUGCUGGCAUUGAGAAUGCAGAAAUCUACAACUACCUCAUCAGCGGGAACAGGCUGAAGCAGCCGCCGGAGUGCCUGGAAGAUGUCUACGAUCUCAUGUGCAGAUGUUGGCACCCUGAGCCCAAGCUACGCCCCAGCUUUGGAGUGCUCCGGUCCCAGCUGGAAAUGAUUCGGGGGAGGAUGUCCACACUCUCUUCCAGUCAAGAUCCUCUCUAUGUCAACAUUGGGAAGGACAAAGAGGCGUCUGGGAGCGACCCUGCCCUGCAGGCUUCCUUCGGAAACACGGACGGUGAAGAGACCAUUGCUGGGGCAGCUGCUGCUGUCACAAGUGACUAUCGCUACAUCAUGAGCCCCUUGUGCCUUGGAGAUGAUGCUGAGGGUGAAAGGCAUCCAGAUGGGCAGGAAGGGGAGAAUAAAAGCCUUCUGUAUGAGCUGGAGACAGAAGGAGAGAAAAGUUGUUAGCCUGUACAUAGCAGUGACACUCUGCUUCCCUGGGACAGGACGUGCGCAGCCGCGGUGCCGUGUCGCCUGGGGCUCUGAUGCCGGAUCUGGAACGGCUUUGAACAUCACUGGUGACAGCUCUUGGGCAGCUUUUGUAGUUUUCACCACCUGUGUGGGCUGCAGUGGUGGACGGCUUGGAAAGACCUGUGGACCCCAACAACCCCUUGGAUCUGGGGGAGGGGAGCAGUACGGUUACAGGUUGAUUGUGUCCCGCUGAGAGGAGUUCAAAGGAAGGUGGGCAGUCAGAGUCUGUGCUCUGCUCCUUCUCAGACUGCUGGAGUGGAGCUGAAUACACCUUCUGUUCAGUCAGUGCUCGCUCUUGUGUUGAUGUUGUCUUCAAUCCUGG